CUGAGAGAAUAAACGCUCCCGUCUCAAAGUAAUCGCUCUCUUUGGACUGUUGAGUGCGUGUGAGUUGUGAGUUGCUGGAAGUGCAAGCAGAGACCACGCCAAGGCCGAGGAUGAAGAUUGCUGUGAUUGGUCAGAGUCUGUUCGGUCAAGAGGUUUAUAAGGAGCUUCGAAGAGAUGGCCACACCAUCGUUGGAAUAUUCACCAUCCCUGACAAGGACGGCAAGGCUGACCCACUGGCUACAGAGGCAGAAAAGGAUGGAGUCUCCGUGUUCAAGUUUCCUCGCUGGCGUCUAAAGGGCCAGGCCAUACCUGAGGUUGUGGCCCAAUACAAAGGCACAGCUGCUGAACUGAACGUCAUGCCCUUCUGCUCCCAGUUCAUUCCCAUGGAGGUUAUUGACCAUCCCAAACAUGGCUCCAUCAUCUACCACCCCUCACUGCUGCCUCGCCAUCGGGGAGCCUCUGCUAUAAACUGGACCUUGAUCCACGGUGACAAAAAGGGCGGGUUCACCGUGUUCUGGGCUGAUGAUGGACUUGACACAGGACCGAUCCUGCUGCAGCGGGAGUGUGAUGUUGAAGCAAAUGAUACUGUCAACACAAUCUACAAAAGAUUUCUCUUCCCAGAGGGAGUCGAAGGCACUGUAGAGGCAGUGAGGUUGAUUGCAGAGGGCAAGGCUCCACGGAUUCCACAGCCGCAAGAAGGAGCCACAUAUGAGUGCAUCCAGAAAAAAGACAAUGCAAAGAUCAACUGGAACCAUUCUGCUGAAGCUCUCCAUAACUGGAUCAGAGGAAAUGACAAAGUUCCUGGUGCCUGGGCAGAAAUUGACGGACAGAAGGUGACUUUCUACGGCUCCACAUUGGUGGAUCAUGGCACCAAUGCAAAUGGGAAACCCCUGGAAAUCAUUGGUGCAAAUCGACCUGGCAUUGUCACUGAAGAAGGCCUGAUGCUCUUUGGCAAUGACAAUAAGGCACUGUUGGUAAAGAAUGUGCAAUUUGAGGAUGGGAAGAUGAUAUCUGCCUCACAGUACUUUUGCACAGGAAGCAGUGCUGCUGUGGAGCUAACUGAGGAGGAAAAAAACUUUGCUGAACAGAUCAAGUCAGUGUGGCGGAGUAUUCUGACUAAUGUCCGUCAGAUUGAAGACUCCACUGAUUUCUUCAAGUCAGGAGCUGCCUCCAUGGACGUCGUCAGGCUCGUAGAAGAGGUGAAACUGUGUGCAAGUACCUGCCAAUUACAAAACGAGGACGUCUACAUGAACACCACCUUCCAGGAUUUUAUCCAGAUGUGUGUCAGGAAGCUUCGAGGGGAGGGAAAUGAAGAACUGAUCAUUGACUGUGUGGAGAAAAACAUCAACAACAUGACCGUGAAGAUGCCACAUCAGCUAUUCAUCAAUGGAGAGUUUGUUGAUGCCGAGGGAGGAUUAGUUUACAAGACCAUAAACCCAACUGAUGGGACAGCCAUCUGUGAUGUGUCCCUGGCGCAGAUUGGCGAUGUGGACAAGGCUGUUGCUGCUGCUAAGGAUGCGUUUGAAGAGGGAGAGUGGGGCAAAAUGAACCCAAGAGACAGAGGCAGACUCAUCUACAAGCUGGCUGAUCUGAUGGAGCAGCAUCAGGAGGAGCUGGCCACCAUUGAAUCCAUUGACUCUGGAGCUGUUUACACGCUGGCCCUCAAGACUCAUGUGGGCAUGUCAAUCCAGACCUUCCGCUACUUCGCUGGUUGGUGUGACAAGAUUCAAGGCAGCACCAUCCCAAUCAACCAAGCCAGACCCAACCGCAACCUCACCUUCACCAAGAAGGAACCAAUAGGAGUUUGUGCCAUUGUGAUUCCUUGGAAUUACCCUCUGAUGAUGCUGGCCUGGAAGACUGCAGCCUGUCUGGCAGCAGGAAAUACAGUUGUCCUAAAACCUGCACAGGUGACACCGCUGACAGCUCUGAAAUUUGCUGAGCUGGCAGCAAAAGCAGGACUGCCCAAAGGAGUGAUUAAUAUUCUACCUGGAUCAGGCAAUCUGGUGGGUCAGCGCCUAUCUGACCAUCCUGACGUCCGAAAACUGGGAUUCACAGGUUCCACGGCAAUUGGUAAACACAUCAUGAAAAGCUGUGCAAUCAGUAAUGUUAAAAAAGUCUCAUUGGAGCUCGGAGGAAAAUCCCCUCUCAUCAUCUUCAGAGACUGUGACAUGGACAAGGCUGUGCGCAUGGGCAUGAGUUCAGUGUUCUUCAACAAGGGAGAGAACUGCAUAGCUGCUGGCAGGUUGUUUCUGGAAGAGAGUAUACAUGACCAGUUUGUGACGAAAGUGGUUGAAGAGAUAAAGAAAAUGAAGAUUGGUGAUCCAUUGGACCGCUCCACAGAUCAUGGUCCUCAAAACCACAAAGCCCAUUUGGACAAGUUAGUGAAAUAUUGUGAGACUGGGGUCAAUGAGGGAGCCACCCUGGUCUACGGUGGCAAACAGAUACAGCGGCCAGGUUUCUUCUUUGAACCCACUGUAUUCAGCGAUGUGCAAGACCACAUGUAUAUCGCUCAAGAAGAGUCAUUUGGCCCUGUCAUGAUCAUUUCAAAAUUUCGGAGCGGUGAAGUGGAUGAUGUCCUGAGAAGAGCGAACAGUACAGAGUAUGGCCUUGCUUCAGGUGUUUUUACACGGGACAUUAACAAAGCUCUUUAUGUCAGUGAAAAACUCAAUGCUGGGACCGUCUUUGUGAACACCUACAAUAAGACAGAUGUGGCUUCACCAUUUGGAGGCUUCAAACAGUCUGGCUUCGGCAAAGACCUGGGCCAAGAGGCACUCAAUGAAUACCUGAAGACAAAGGCUGUGACCAUCGAGUACUGAUUCUGAGCCGCUGUGUCCUGUCUCAGGAGUGGUGCACUUUUCUAUUGAUUUUAAUGUAGAGUUGUAUCUAUCUAACAAAUUGUCUUUCACUCGUUUCAAUAAUAUGACUUGUUUUAGUAGUCUUCCAAUUAUGGCAUUAGAGGGUUUUGUAGUUGAGUUGAUGGGACACUUUUGAAAACAUGAAUUGCUUCUAAAUAUGGCUUACAUCAAGUCACAAGGCUCUUGAAUAUGUAACAGAUCUGCCGUGCCUUGAACCUUCUUACUGUAUUUCCAUUGAUCUGUUAAAUCUAAUUCAAAUGCUAAUCACUUUGUAGAGGGUGAUGUUUUUUCAAUAAAGGACACCAGUAAAAGUUUGCAUCUGUAA